UGGCAUACACCAUGGCUGUAAACAACUCAUCUUCCCCUUUCCUCGUACGAAAACGUUUUCUUAUAUAAAGGCAAAGAAACGCUUUACUUAAACAAGCGAAGUCGCAUAAACACACCUAAAAAAAACACUUUGCGGUGUGUGUGUGUGUGUGAGAGAGAGAGACAGAGAGAGAGAGAGUGAGAGAGAUGGAGGGCAUUGAGCACAGAACUGUGAGCGUCAACGGCAUAAACAUGCACGUCGCGGAGAAAGGCCAAGGCCCCAUCGUGCUGUUCCUCCACGGCUUCCCGGAACUGUGGUACACAUGGCGCCACCAGAUUGUGGCGUUCGCAGCCUUGGGCUACCGCGCGGUGGCGCCCGACCUCCGUGGAUACGGCGACACGGAUGCCCCGGCGGAGGUGUCGAGCUACUCGUGCCUCCACGUGGUGGGCGACAUAGUGGCGCUGAUUGAGUCCCUCGGCGGGGGCGAUCAGGUUUUCUUGGUGGCGCAUGACUGGGGCGCCAUGAUUGGGUGGUACCUCUGCUUGUUCCGGCCGGAUUUGGUGAAGGCGUACGUGUCGUUGACGGUGCCCUUCCGGCCCAGGCAUCCGAAUGUCAAACCUGUUGAGGGAAUGCGAGCUUUCUUUGGAGAAGAUUAUUACAUGUGCAGAUUCCAGGAACCAGGGAAAAUGGAAUCAGAAAUCGCAAGGUAUGGAGCUGAGGCGGUGAUCAAGAAGAUCCUCACGGACCGUACACCUGGUCCGCCCUACUUACCUAAAGAAACCCCGUUUGGAUCUAACAUCGACGACAUCAAAUUGCCUCCAUGGUUUACCGAAGACGAUCUCAAAUACUACGCUGAAAACUACGAGAAAAGAGGCUUCACGGGAGGGCUCAACUAUUACCGCGCUCUUGAUUUGAAUUGGGAGCUAACUGCAGCAUGGACGGGAGCAAAAGUGAGAGUCCCGGUGAAAUUUGUGGUGGGGGAUGUUGACAUGGUGUACACUACGCCAGGGUUGAAGGAAUAUGUGCAUGGAGGAGGGUUCAAGAAUGAUGUCCCGCUGUUGGAGGAAUGUGUUGUGAUGGACAACGUUGGACACUUCCUCAAUCAAGAGAAAGCUGACGAGGUUAAUGCUUAUAUUCACGAGUUUAUUAAGAAAUUUUGAUCAUUAUCUUGAUCGAGCUAGGGUUAUGAUUUAGUCCUGAUCAUGUUGACUAUUGAGUACUUGCCCUUUUAUUCCUUGGUAAUCUUCAAAAAAUAUGUUAUUAACUCUUGUACUUGAGAAGGUGAAGUGUAUUUCAUGCGUUUGUUUU